AUGGGUGAAAAACCAUUAGAGUUAUUUCAUUUACUUAGAUUACAUCCACCCGAUGGUAAUUUAAAAACCAAACAUCCAGUUGUAUCGGAAUCAUUGGAUAUGUUAGUAUUUAAAGACCCAUCUGAAUCAUUUUACAAUCUAAUUAAAUUACCAGAUAAACCACCCGAAGUUUUAAAUCCAUCAUUGCAAAUCGCUGGUGAUACACCAAUGACAACUGCCGAGCAAAUGGAGUUAAAUAAAAUUAUUGAUGCAAGAACAAAAGUAAUCACUGAUAUUCAAAAAUAUCGUGACACUUGUAAACAAAAAGAAACUGAAGCAAUUUCACUCUAUCAAUCAAUUCAACAAUUAGAUAAACAAAAAUUAAUUUUACAAAAGAAAUUAGAAAAAUAUAAUUUAUUAAAAAAUAAUAAUAAUAAUAAUAAUAAUAAUAAUAAUAAUAAUAAUAAUAAUAAUAAUAAUAAUAAUAGUAAAUUAACUACAAGUACACCAAUGUCGAUAGAUACACCAACCUUAUCUGCUUCAAAUACAACAACAACGACAACAACGACAACAACAACACCAGUUCCACCAUCAUAA